UUUGUUUAGUUAUUGUUGAGAGCCGCAGCGCAGCAGUUGCAAUUCUAUUGUUUUUUUUAGCAAAUUAUUCAACAAACAGGUUCAACAUGACCAAGACUCGCGUUUAUGUUGUUGGUGUCGGCAUGACAAAGUUCGAGAAACCCGGACGACGUGCCGAUGUUUGCUAUCCGGACUUUGCCAAGGAGGCCGUCACGAAGGCCCUUCAGGAUGCCAAGCUGAGGUACACGGACGUACAGCAGGCGGCUGUGGGCUACGUCUAUGGCGACUCCACCUGUGGCCAGCGGGCGCUCUACGAGGUGGGCAUGACCGGUAUACCCGUCUACAAUGUAAAUAACAACUGUUCGACCGGCUCCAGUGCCUUGUAUUUGGCCAAGCAAAUUGUGGAGUCAGGCAAUGCAGACUGCGUGCUGGCUCUAGGAUUUGAGAAGAUGGAGCGUGGCUCCCUGUCGUCCAAGUACUUUGAUCGCGCCAAUCCCAUGGAGCGUCACAUUACCGAGAUGAGCGAAUUGACAGAAAUCGGCGCCGGUCCCAUGGCUGCGCAGAUAUUCGGCAAUGCCGGCAAAGAGCACAUGCAGAAGUAUGGCACGAAGCCCGAGCAUUUUGGCAAAAUCGCCUGGAAGAACCACAAGCACUCGGUUAAUAAUCCCUACUCACAAUUCCGCGAUGAGUACACUCUGGAGCAGAUUAUGAAGUCGCCACAGGUGGUGGAGGGCGUGCUGACUAAGUUGCAGUGCUGUCCCACCUCUGAUGGAUCGGGAGCUGCCAUUCUGGCCUCCGAACAGUUUGUGCGUCGGCAUGGCCUCGAAUCACAGGCUGUGGAGAUUGUGGGCAUGGAAAUGGCCACAGAUCCCGAGUCGACUUUCGCCGACAAGAGUCUGAUGAAGAUUGCGGGCACCGAUAUGACCCGCUUGGCCACCCAGCGUCUGUUUGCCAAGAGUGGCUUUAAGCCACAGGAUGUUCAGGUGGUUGAGCUGCACGAUUGCUUCUCAGCCAAUGAGCUGGUCACCUACGAGGCCUUGGGUCUGUGCGAGGAGGGCAAGGCUGGCGAGUUUAUUGACCGCGGCGACAACACAUACGGCGGUAAGUUUGUAGUGAACCCGAGUGGUGGUUUGAUUUCAAAAGGUCAUCCAUUGGGCGCCACUGGGCUCGCCCAAUGCGCCGAGCUGUGCUGGCAACUGCGCGGCCUGGCCGAGAAGCGUCAGGUGCCUAACUGCCAGUUGGCUUUGCAACAUAACUUGGGUUUGGGCGGCGCCGUUGUUGUGGCUCUAUAUCGCCUCGGUUUUCCUGCUGCCAACAAUGUGCGCCACAAUCUGACAGCUGCUGCAAAGGCAGCCACCAGCGAUGAGGGCUUCAAGGUGACGGCAUUGCUUAAGCUGCUGGAACAAGCCAUGCAGGAGGACAAAGACAAUCUCAUUGAAAAGGUGCGUGCUGUCUAUGGCUUCAGAGUCAACAAUGGACCCAAUGGCACAACUGGCUUCUGGGUUAUUGACUGCAAGCAGGGCAAGGGUCAGGUUAUCUUUAAUGGCACACAGAAAUGUGAUGUCACCUUUAUAAUCAGCGAUGACGAUGUCUUUGAACUCUUGACCGGAAAAUUGCCACCACAGAAGGCAUUCUUCCAAGGCAAAAUCAAAAUCCAAGGCAACAUGGGCUUUGCCAUGAAAUUGAUGGAUUUGCAACGCUCGGCGCAAAGCCGCAUUGAUGAGCUGCGCUCCAAGUUGUAAUGUGUUUUGGAAUGCGUUCAUGUAUUUUAGAAGUCGCUGUCAUUCCGAAUUUAGGUUCUACAUAUUAUCCGACUUGUAUAGAAAGAGUGCAAUUUACAUUCGAGGGGGCGAGCUGUCUAAAGUGCGAACUGUUUCUUAUUUCAAAAUGAUUAUAUAGAUCAAAGUUUGUUUAAUAAGAAUGUCUAUCUGCCUUAGCGGAAAUGUAAGCUCCGCUCUUUCCAUAUGCGAACGAUAAAUUGUAUAUAAAAAUAUAUGAUAUUUGAAAUUUAUAUAAUGGGCUGGUUGUCUCACAUCUGUACAUGUUUUCUAUAUGUGUUAUAAUACUUAAAUAAAACUAGAGCUGUCGCAGA